CGGUGCUGUGUUUAGAGGGAAAGAAACAGCAGGCCCAAAAAAUACACACAAUAUAUUAAUACAAAUAUUUAAAACAAAUAAUCCACUGCGAACGCGUCGUGCGAAUUCAUCGAAAAAUGUCAGAGCGACGACUUUUUGAUGUGCAUCGCUGCGAGAUAUAACGUUAGACUGGAUUGACUGUGAAAUGCAACUUUUGCGGCGAUCAAAAGUUUCUGAAUUUUGAACAUGCAAAAAAACCUUCAGCUCCAAGAAAAAUCACCCGUCAGUGUUUCUUCGCAGAUGUGCAGUUACAUACUCCCUGAGAACUACCCAUACAUGUGAAAGAAAUGUUUCAUGGCAAAGACCAGUUGAACAGCCACCUCCAGACCCACGACCCCAACAAGCAAGAACUGCGAUGUGAAGAAUGUGGAAAGCAUUACAACACCCGUCUGGGCCUCAGACGCCACAUGGCGACGCAUGCCACCUCUGCCGUGGGUGACCUCACCUGUAAGGUUUGUCGUCAGGUGUUUGACAGCAUGCCCACGUUGCUCGAGCACUUGAGUACACACACCGGUCGGCCACCCCCGGGGGCUGUGGUACGAGAAAGAAAGCAUCAGUGUGAACGGUGCGGUCGACGCUUCUUUACUCGCAAGGAUGUCCGUCGCCAUGCAGUGGUACACACGGGUAGGCGGGACUUCCUGUGCACACGUUGCGCCCAGCGUUUCGGCCGACGUGACCACCUCACCCGACACCUGAAGAAAAGCCACGCGCAGGAGUUGGAGACCCUUGCCCCUAUGCCCAUUAAAGAGGAGCCGAGUCCCACCAUGUGCUCUGUUGGAUCUCCUAAGGAUGCAUCAGAGGCUUUUACUAUGGGCAUGUUCAACCCACAAGGCCUACCGAGUACAUCUACCUCAGGGGUCACUCACCAUCAUCCGAUGGUGUCUGGCCCCCUGUCCAGCCCGAUGGGUGUGGGCUGUUACCUCGAGCCAAGCAAGCCGCAGCAUUACCAGCAGGCUCCUAGGUAUCAGCCUAGUUCCGCUACCACAUAUCUGAAAGCAGAGAUGGAGAACUUCCUGACCGAACUCCAGUGUGGGCCGAUGCCGCCACAAGCCUCCAUGGCGACCGCGGUCUCUCGGCCUGGCGACCUUCUCCCCGACAACCUGGGAGGUCAGGGUGCCCAUUUCACCCUCAGGAACUCCUUCACCUCAGCUGAGCCCCCUAACACCUCCACCAACAUGGACCUUUCACAUCUGCUGGGCUUCCUGCCAUUCGGUUUGCCUCCCUACAGCACGCCCUUGAGUUCAGGAAGCCUCGUGAUGGGAUACUCCACCACGACUACAGCUGCGUCCCCAAGUCCUACCUCUCAGCUCUCUGGGCCACUUACCUCAUUUCAACCACAGUCACUGCAGGAGCCUAUGGCUUCAGGGCACUUAAACCAGAUCUCUGGUUUCUCUCCAACUCUACCUCGAUUCCAUCAGGCCUUCCAACAAUAGUUACCCAUGUCCUCUAUGACCUGCCAGUCGAAUGCAACAGCUCUGCUGUAUCAUUGCCAAAUACCUUAUAGGUAAUACAAUGAAGUUUGUAAGGUUUUUUGCUAAUAGAUCUCAUAGAAAUAGAGGAGGAAUGAUUAGCAUGACAUUGUUGCUAGGAUAGAUGGGAUUUUGCUUUUAGAAUAGUUUUUUUCUUUGUCUUCUGAGUAACUGUUUAGCGAUGUAUGAACCUCAUUCAUUUGAAGAAGAGUCAGCGGUAAAGCUAGCAAAAGAAAUACCUCAAAUGUUUUUGUCAAGAAGAAAAGACAUGCUUUUACAGUGUUCUCCGUUGUAUAAUGAAGCACUUUUUUUUAGCAACGGCACUUCUAUGACUAAGAGUCAGAUUGAACUGUGGUCUUAGAUUUACCUCUCAGCUCACAGUCACACAACGCAAAACCUACCUCUCAAAGCUGGAAAAUUCUUUUUGACAAGAAACAAAUCUUCACACGAAAUGUCUUCAUGGACUGCGCAUGGAGAAUGUUAUCCUAGUUUUUUUUUUUAGUUUUUUUGAAUGCUCAACAAUUUAGCUAUCAAGAUUUUAGAUUCAGCAUUAAAUAGCUUGUGUUGAUUUUAGCCUUUUGGUAAAAGUUUGUAGGUGCUAAUGUGUUCACAUCCUUAAUUCUAAAUGUUCACAAUUUCGAGUGGAUACCUUGGCUACUUUGUUUCUUUUAGACCCCAUCUUUCUAUGUAUUAUUCCAAGGUGUUUUGAAAGUAAAACAUAACAAGAUAAUUGCUUUCUAAAAUUAAAAAUUAAAUUGUAUAAAAAAUUUCUCUCAGUAGACGCAAGUAAAACCUUAUGCGUUUAAUUUUGUACUUAAGUAAAUGCCCUUCUUCAUGUUAAUUGGUCAUGUUGAUAACAUUUGUGACUUGGAUAUUUCUGGAAGAUAAUUUCUUGAGUUAGAAAGUUGUUUGAGUAAUAGUUUUACACAAUGAACACCACAUUACAAAGUGCUUCUCCUUCAAAAAAAAAAGCUUAGCACACACUCUGUUUUGCUGAAGCACUUCACGUUUCUCUCCAUGGAAAACCAGGAACACUGAUUAAGUUUAACCAUGCAAAUUGAAAUAGCACUGCUUCACUGUGUCUUCUUUUAACUCAGUGUUACAUGAAUAAGUAACCUAUAAGGUUACUUUGAUAUAGGGUCUGCUCCGUUUUGUUUAGAAAAACUUAAAGGGAUGAAUACAAUUCAUGAGAUCCCUCUGUUCUUCCCAUUCAUAUACCAGAAAUGUAUAGCAGGAUUUGGUAAGAAAUUUUGUAGGACAUUUCCUUCUUUGGAAGUCGACCUCAACUCAACUGUGAUGUUCAGACUGAUCUACCUCAGUGAGAUGCACACUGUACUGUACCUUUAGUGAGAAAUCUAGUUUCAAUGGAUGUUUAGCUGGAGUAAACGGGUGUUUCACAUCUUUUCCCAGUAUUAGCAUUUUAAUGUUUCAAGGACUGUUUGUUAAGGAUGAAUUAAGAAAUAAAGCAUCUU